AUGCCAGCAGCAGCCACUGCGGAUGCUCGUGCUGCGGCGUCGAGAUGCCAGGUGCUGCCUGCGCGCGCUCAAAGGCCUUGGAAAGCAAGUCCCAGCCAACCGCGGACCCUUGACUCUCACCUUGUCACGGGUGAAGACAUUGACUGGUACUUUGAUACCUAUCUCGAGCUCUUCCAUCCGUUCGUACCGGUGCUCGCCAAACGAGACCCAGACGAAUGCUACGCGGCCAGCCCUGCGCUUUUCUGGAUCGUCAUCUUCGUCGUGAUGCGCCGGCACCACAGAGCCGGAACUUCGACAGAUCUAUUUGACGCGCUCGUCGAGUGGUUGUCAAAAGAGAUCUGGACGCUUCCGGGCAGCCCACUCAUGGGCAUCGAGGCCGUGCAUGCCAUGCUGAUCAUCUGCGUGUGGCCGCUGCCGACCAUCCGCCUGGUAACUAACCCGUCCGUGGUCCUUUCGGGCGCGGCUCUCAACUUCUGCCUGUCCAUGGGCUUGCACACGGGAAAGGGCCGCCAUCCAGAGUUCCGCAUUGGCGCAAGGGAUCACUUUUCGUCGACAGACGAGGAAGCCUCCUGCACGUGGCUAAUGACGUGCUCUCUGGCUCAAAGAACAGCAGCGGCUCUCGGGCAUCCUCCGCCAUCCAUCCAGCUCAACGAUGGGCCAGCGAAGCAAGCCCUUGCCGCGCCCCAGUGGGUAGAUCUGAUCACCAUGUUCGACAUCCAGCGCUACCUCAAUCGUCUGCAUCUCGCCAUUGCAUCCCACAUCGCUUCUAGCGAGCUCACGCGCUUCCUCCUCCUCGCCGCCCACCAAGAGAUACAGGCAUACCACUUCUGCCAACCCCCCGACGACGCCUCGCCCAACCUCGCCAUGCACACAACCCGCGCCCUCCUCACCGCCAAGAAAGUCAUCGCCGCAGCCCACGCCCUCACAGCCAUCCCCGGCAUCCAGCUUCUCACCAACGCGCCCCUAUGGGUCUUUCACACCAUCGUCACGGCGGGCGUCCUACUAGUAUCCGCCCUCCACUCUCACCACCCGCCGCCCCUCGACGCGCCACCAGAAGGCGUCACGCCCGAGCAGCACCUCAUGAACCAGUGCCACGCGGCCGUCAUCGCCUGCUCCAUACGCGAUGGCGACCUUGCGUUCCGCGCCGCGACGCUCAUGCAGGGCUUUUGGAGUACCACCACACUGCACAGUGCGCAGAGGAGCUCCGAGGGCUCAAGAAAGGCAGUGGAAGCGAUACAACCUCCACGACCGGUAGACAACCUGGUGCCCGCGCCGCCGCAGGAGGUGACGUACACACCUAGAAUCAUGGACCCCUUUUAG